AUGAAGAGCGUGCCCAUAUAUAAAGCGAGCAUUGUAGAACCUUCUCGACCAAGCCAGGAAAAGCCCAAAGCUGACCAUGCUGUCAACGGCGAUACUAUUCAGAGGAUCAAGAAGUGUUUGAAUCGAGCCAAUCAUCCAGCCACCCUCGAAUCCGAAGCCAAAGCAGCACUCCAUGUGGCGUCUCGGCUGAUGGCCCAGCAUAAUUUUGCUGGACAAAGCGUUGUCGCACUUCGGCGCUCCGAUGGGGACUGUCAUAAACGUAUCAGAAUUGAAGGUUACAUGGACUAUCUGACAGAGGCAAUUCGGACGUUCUUCAAUUGCAAGUCGUAUAGUACACGCAAGUAUGGGGCCAUGAACUAUACGUUCUACGGGUUGACCGAUAACACGGUCGCUGCUGCAAGUGCCUUUGAGAUGGUUUUCAACCUCGCGAGCUCUUGGGCCUUGAAAUAUCGAGGCCGGGAUAGGACCAGCUAUCUUCUUGGUAUCUGUCAGACUUUAAGACAAACGGCAAAGAAAGAAGCAGCCGAUGAAGUCGAGAGAGCGAAGAAAGCAGAGCAAGAUGCUAGCGUAUCUGAGACAAAACCUACCGAGUCGCAAUUGGCUGAUGAUACGGACGGGGCUCCAUCAUCUCCACAGGGCGCAAGGUCCAUACCAUCUACAAAUCAAGGCAAUGAUGCUUCAGAGGAUGGAGACCCAGGUACAGCCGAAGACCCUGUGGCUAUCCCACUUGAUAAGGAUGAUGUGAUAGACGAUGAAGGCGACGAGGAAAUGAACGAUUGCGUUGAGCCCGAUUUCAGCACAGAUCCCAUCGACAGCAUAGACCCAUUGAUGGAUAUUGACAAGGAGAUUCACCGACUUGCUGGCAAGACAGAGCAUCAAGCGCGUGGACGAGAUGAUGAAUAUACACGUGCACCGCAACCUAAUGAUGGAAGUCAGUGUAAGUCUCAUAUGCAACUCGCUAUCUUUCGAAAAACGGCUGAUGAUAUUGCGGACGACUAUCUCAAAAGUCGAGGUGUGAAGCUUGUUUCAGACAGGGCACGAAGUGGUCGUGUGCAUAACAUGGCUGCAUUUCGCCAGGGCUCACAGGAUAGCAAGAAAAUCGAUGUCCGGAGAAAGAUGCUUAGCUCGUGA